AUGGCUGAACAUUCAAGUUUCAACGCAGUUAACAAUGUCGAAGUAGUUUGUGGUAUGGCAAUUCCUCCAAUUAAAACUAAAGUUUAAGGACCUGCUGCCACUAUUCCAUAAUAGGAUGUAAUUGAUAUUAUUGAUGAAGCUAUCAAGUUUUUCAGACCCAAUUUAUUAUUUAAAAAUUAUGAAAUAAAAGGUCCUGGAGAUGUUUUCAUUAUUUACAUGACUGUAUUCAUCACAUAAUGCUUAAGAAAGAUUGCUAACGAGGAAAAAGAAGCUAAUGCUUUAAGGAUGCUUAUUGAAAUGGCCAGAUUACCCGUACCCAAGCCUAACGAAGCUGGUUUCUUUAUGAGAGGUAUUGCCAAAGAUCCCACAAGUAAUGCUGAAGGUGAAAAGUUUAGUGCCUAUUUAAAGCAAGCAAAAGAAGAACUUGUUAAUAGAUUGAUUAAAGUCCUAUACAAAGACGGUGUUAAGUCAUGGGAUCAUAAGUUCUGGGUUGGACUUUCCAAGAAGAAUUUCAUGAACCUUAAAUUCUGA